AUGCAAGGCAGCAAGCAUACUCCUAGGAAGCCGCAGGGAUAUAGAGGCACUGCAAUCUUCGAACACAUAGACGUUCGUCUCGUCAUUGCAUCAGAUCAGGUCCGCGAAUCCCAGGCUAUGCUCUCGGACAUUAUAGUCGACAUAUCUUCCUUGAAAGAAUCCUGGCAUCGUAAGCGCACGAAGUUUCCCUACAGGUCAAUGCGACGAAUCAAAGCUGUGCAGUAUCCUUUGUUAUCCGACUUCUUGGCUAAAGCAGCGGGCAACAUGUCAAACAUUUUGCUUGCGAAAUCCAAAGCCAAACUGUGGUGGUGUAUCACACCGAUAAAUGCCAUCGAGCGUGGUCGUAAGCGUCGUGCUGUUGUGACGCUGAAAAGACCGGAUUCCGGCUGCAUCGAAGAGUUGUUGGACCAACUCAAUUGGACUAAUGAACAUGUGAACCGGGCCCUGGAGAACCAGUUGGGUACCUCCUCACGAAUGCAUUCCGGGGACGAAGAAGCCCAUCAGCCUGUCAUGCGGGAACGGCGGUCCCGGAGGGGGCGAAAAGCUGGUGGUAACACCCAGCGAUUAGAUGGGAACGGAGUCUGUGUUGUCCAAGGAGACAGUAUCCUCGAAAACCGUCCCAUGUACCUGUAUUCUUGCAUUAUCAGACACGCCCUGCCCUCCGUGCUGCUGCACAGACCACGUCGAGCCUCAUCGUUUCUUCCCCGGACCCACCCGAGUUGA